AUGGGACGAAAUGUAUCCUUCAUUGGUCUCUCGCGGAGGACUCUACGACCUUCGUAUGUUGAAGGGCCAGUGACAGAAACCCGUCGGCCGUCCGUUGACCGCCUGAUAGAGUAUCAUCUCGCACAUAGGCCGUCACGGCAAUCAUGUGUUGAUGGUGCAUCGGUAGUUAACCAACAGCCACCCAACGUCCGCAUUUCAAGGCAUCUUCUUCCACAUGAAAUUUUAACGCUUGAUUCGGUCAGGUUUGGACUUUCCAUUCGGGGAUCCGUAACGUUGUGGAGGUUACUGCUGCCGUUAGAACGGGCCAAUUAUCCGUUCAAUGUACAUGAACGUCGAAAACCAUUUAUCCCAGGGGAUGCCGUUUCGGUUCAGAUGGGGCAGGCCUCCAUGAAAAUUUUUUUUGCUCGUACUGAAGACAUAGUUCCGCCAAGCACCGGAAAGUUGAGCAAGACAAGUGUACUGAAUGUGGUGAAUAAUGAAGUGAUUGGAGAGGUAAAGUACACGUACGUAUAUCGUAUUGAGUCGGCGGCACUCACUACGGGUGCACAACCUUUUAUGAUACGCCUUAGUGGCGCCGUGGGGUUUAUGCUGCAACUAUGCUUUGGUGACCGUUCGCUUUGCUCUGCCUUUGUGAAGUUGCUGAUGCCCCACUGCCCUGGACACACCACAAUUGCUGCUGAGGCGGAUGUUUUUUCUUCCCCACCUUCUUUCUCGACCUUUGAGAACCAGCAGCAUAGCUUGUCUCCUGCUCCACUAAAUAGGUUUUCUGCAGGUUGA